CUGAGCGAGCAGCGAGCCGCAAGCCAGGAUGAGGGGAGAGAUGACGUGAAAGUUUAAGAAGACGAAAGAAAAACAAGAGGAGAAGCAGAGCUCGCGGUCGGGAAGCAGAAAUCCCAAAGCAGAGAGCCCUUGGAAGCAGCAGAAAGUGCAGUCAAUCAGAAAAACAUUUGCUUCCUCACGGAUAGGCUGGAGACUGCACCACCACCAUCAAACUUUGUCCCUGAUAUAAUUCAGACCAAGAGCCAAGAACAGAAAGCACAAAUCAUUUCACCUCUGCCUCUUCCACCAUAUCUCUUAGAAUGGAAACAAAAUUGAAAAUCUGUUGACACAGAAUCCUGCAGCACUAAGGAUAAAGCAGCUGUUUCUGGAGAAGCUCACUUGGGCAUAAGCCUGGAGAGGUUGUGACAGAAUGUCUUCUGAAGGCUUUCUGAAGGAAGUUCAAGCCAUUGGUGAGAAGUUUCUCCUUAAGCUCCAGAAACUGCCCAAGGCUGAGCCAGUGGAGAUUGUCAGCUUUUCUGUGGUUCUUCUGUUUAUUGUUACUGUGCUGGUGCUCACGAUCAUUGCCUGCAGUUGCUGCUGCUACAGCUGCUGUGGCUGUGAUGGACACCCUGAUCCCAGACACAGGAAGAGCCAAGUCCGCCCAGCUGCCCAUUCAUGAAGUGACACAACCUGCUAUCGAGGACAUGCCUGGACAUCAUGAUUCAGUGCUAUGGGAAUGACUUUCCAAACUAGCCCACUGAAAAUGGCAAUAACAAUAUUAAUGAACAUGACUCAAAGGACCAGAAA